AUUUCAAUGUCAUUGGCAAAUAAUUCAUGAAAAUUUUGACCAUUUUCUCCACCCCACAAUUAAACCCAGUAAAUUGCUGUACAAGGGAUUUUUUUCUUCUUUUGACGAGUGCAAGGACUGAGAGAGAAGAAAACCCAGAGAGAGAUGGAUAGGGUGUUCUCAGUGGAUGAGAUGGCGGACCAGUUCUGGUCGCCACAGCCGCCGUCGAACCGACUGGAUUUGCAAGAGAAGGAUGAUGAGGAGCAGUCGUCGUCCUCCGCUACUGCUGCCUCGUCCUCCUCAUCGAAGGCGAUGAAGAUGAACCGGAGUCCAUCAGAAUGGGCAUUUCAGCGUUUCCUACAGGAAGUUGCCGCACCUAAUCAUUCCUCAGCGUCAUCGAUGAAUCUCCAAAACGCCGACGUUGUGGAGAUCGAAGACAAUAUUCAUCAUUCUAAGCAAAAUGAGUUUAAUAAUGGUAAUUCUAAUCAGCAUCGGAGGAUUGCGGCGGAAACGGCGGCAGUAGCUGGGGGCUCUUUACAGCCUGCUAUUCCAGUGAAUUCUGAUGAGUACCAGGCCUUCCUUAAAAGCCGCCUCGAGUUGGCUUGUGCCGCCGUGGCGUUUACCAGGGCAGCUAAUGUAAAGGCUCAAGAUUUAGGAGUUGCAACAUCAGACGAUGGGUCGCAGACCUCUAAUUCAUCGCAGCGGGGGCCUCAGGUUCCUCAAAAAGUUGGGCGGGGUUCAUCAAAAGGCAAAGAUAAGGACUCUAGUGCACCAAUUGGUGUACCUUCCCUCCCUGCAAUGCCAAGAAAAUCUGUGACCCAGGUGAAGUCAACAACUAGUGGAUCAUCUGGGGACCAGUCAGAUGAUGAUGAGGCUGAGGGAGAUGCAGAAACAACUGAGAAUAUGGACCCUACAGAUGCAAAACGCAUGAGAAGAAUGCUCUCAAACAGAGAAUCUGCUAGGCGCUCGAGAAGAAGAAAGCAAGCCCAUUUGACGGAGCUCGAAACACAGGUAUCUCAACUAAACAUGGAGAACUCUUCUUUAUUAAAGCGCCUCUCUCACAUAAAUCAGAAGUAUAGUGAAGCUGCUGUUGACAAUAGAGUUCUGAAAGCUGAUGUUGAGACAUUGAGAGCAAAGGUGAAAAUGGCAGAAGAGACUGUUAAAAGGGUUACCGGAUUGAACCCUCUGCUCCAAGCCAUGUCUGAAAUAUCCACUAUGGGUAUGCCAUCCUUUGGUGCUAGUUCUGAUACAUUAGCAGAUGCUGCUGUACCAGUACAAGAUGUCUCAAGACAGCCUUACUAUCAACCUCCUCCUAAUAACCACCUGUCGACGAAUGAUCCUAGGGUUCAAAACAGUCUGGUAGAUAUUCCUCCGGUGGAUAACAUAGAGCACAAUUCUGCAACAGAAGAAGUGAGGGGGAACGAGGUGGGAAGAACGGUUUCCGCGCAGCAGCGAGUGGCUAGCUUGGAACAUCUGCAGAAGCGAAUCCGUGGUGGACCAGGAAAACAGUAAGUGUAUGUUGAAGAUCUUGACAAAAAGGCCUUCACCAACUUCUAUUGGUUUAUAUGUAGAAAUUCCUUAUUUGUGUCUUGAUGCUUUAAGGAAAAGAUUUGUAACCUAAUUUGUUGGUCUUAACUUGAAUGAUAUGUCAAAUAUUGAACAGGAAGUAUAUCCUUAAAUGCAUUUGAAUGGUUAAAACUAAGGUACUCUUGCCCACA